AUGGACAAAGAACCACCCACAUCGUCCACCUCUGAAACAAAGGGCAGCGAUGAAUCAUCGACGGUUCCUAGUACAGUCGAUGUGCCGGCAGCAUCGAGCCAUUUCAGGCCAAUUGAAGGAGGUGAGGAGAAUUUCGCAGGGAGACAAGGAACCAGCAGUAGCAGUGGAGACUCUUCAGAGCAAUCCAGUAAAGAGAAGGAGACGAAGAAGAAAAGGGCCGCUGUGGAUAGUCAGGUCUCCGCCACUACUUCGCUCACAGACUCGGAGUCCUCUUCAGAGCUUCCGAAACGCGAAAGAGAGAAACGCCGGAGAAUCGACUAUCUUAGCACAGCCAAAGGUGGCUUGAAGAAAUCCAAUGUAAAACUGGCGGAGGAAAACAAGAGGAUUAGAGAUGCAAUCAAAAACCUCAAAGAGCAAAAAGGCGAAAGGAAUUGA